CAGCCCCCCCUUCUCUAACCACCAAACCCCAGUCCCCUCCCAGAGCCAGGGAUAGAACCCAGGAGUCCUGGCUCCCAGCGCCCCACUCCCUACAUGCAGGGAUUGUCCUUGACUCCCCACAGAGCCCCCACCCCCGUGCCCAGCCAGCCCCAGUGUGCAGCAGGCCGGGGUGUGCGGGGUUAAUGCUCCCCCCUCCAGCGCCUCCCGCCAGGCUCACCCUGCUAUUACAGGCCUGGCCCCGGCUCCCCUGCACACGUGUUCCCAGCCGGCGCGGGUGGAGCCGCCGGCAGCCCCCCACGCAGGGCACUGCCAUGGGGCCCCGGGCCACAGCGCUGGGGGCCCUGCUGCUGCUGCUGGGCCAGGACCCCUGGGUCCUCCCCCACCCCCAGUGCCUGGACUACAAGCCGCCCUUCCAGCCCCCCCAGCCCCUGGCCUUCUGCCCCGAGUACUCGGCCUUCGGCUGCUGCGACGGCCGGCGGGACGCUGAGCUGAGCGCCCGGUUCCAGGUGUUGGGCAGCUUCCUGGACCCCGCCGGCUUGCAGAGCUGCGGGCACUUCCUGCGUGACCUGGUGUGCCAGGAGUGCUCUCCCUAUGCUGCCCACUUGUACGACGCGGAGGAUGUGAGCUCCCCGGUGCGGGCGCUGCCCGGCUUGUGCCCCGCGUACUGCACGGCCUUCUGGCUGCGGUGCCGCUCCGUGCUGAGCCUCCUGACCGAGGACCCUGCCAGCCUGGCGCUGGAGGGCGACCACGCCCGCUUCUGCGGCGCCCUGGAGCUGGGCGACCCCACCUACUGCUACCCGGCAGUGCUGGACAGCACGGCCCUGAGCCAGGGGUUGGGCCGGGUGCGGGAGGGCGCCCACGGCUGCCUGCAGCUCUGCCUGCGGGAGGUGGCCAACGGGCUGCGGAACCCCGUGGCCAUGGUGCACGCCGGGGACGGCUCCCACCGCUUCUUCGUGGCCGAGCAGCGGGGCUGCAUCUGGGUCUUCCUGGCCAACGGCUCACGGGCCGCGCGCCCCUUCCUGGACCUGCGGGCGGCCGUGCUCACCUCGCCCUGGGCGGGCGACGAGCGGGGCUUCCUGGGCCUGGCCUUCCAUCCCCGCUUCCGCGCCACCCGCACCUUCUACGUCUACUACUCCGCCCGCGCCGGGCCCCACGAGACCAUCCGCGUCUCCCAGUUCCGCGUCUCGGCCCACGACCCCAACACCGCCGACCCCCGCUCCGAGAGGAUCCUCCUGGAGGUGCUGGAGCCGGCGUCGAACCACAACGGGGGGCAACUGCUGUUCGGGGCCGACGAGCUGCUCUACAUCUUCACGGGGGACGGGGGGCGAGCGGGGGACCCCUUCGGAGCCUUCGGCAACGCCCAGAACAAGUCGUCCCUGCUGGGCAAGGUGCUGCGGAUCGACGUGGAGCCGGAGGCCGACGGCCCCCCCUACCGCAUCCCGCCCGACAACCCCUUUGUGGGGGAGCCCGGGGCCCAGCCCGAGGUCUACGCCUACGGGGUGCGGAACAUGUGGCGCUGCUCCGUGGACAGGGGCGACCCCGCCAGCGGCGCCGGGCGCGGGCGCAUCUUCUGCGGGGACGUGGGCCAGAACAAGUACGAGGAGGUGGACGUCAUCGUGCCGGGCGCCAACUACGGCUGGCGGGCGAAGGAAGGGUUCGCCUGCUAUGACCAGGCACUGUGCGCCAACGCCUCACUCGAUGACGUCCCCCCCAUAUUCGCCUAUUCGCACGAACUGGGGCGCUCGGUGACGGGGGGCUACGUGUACCGGGGCUGCCACAGCCCCAACCUGCGUGGCCUCUACAUCUUCGGGGACUUCAUGAGCGGGCGCCUGAUGUCACUGCGGGAGGAGGCUGGCUCCGGGCGCUGGCACUACAAGGAGCUGUGCAUGGGCCAGGGCCAGACCUGCGCCUUCCCCGGCCUCCUCAACCACCACGUGCCCCACAUCAUCUCCUUCGCCGAGGACGAGGCUGGGGAGCUCUAUUUCCUCGCCACGGCCAUCGCCAGUGCAGCCGUGCCGGCUGGGAUCUUGUACCGGAUUGUGGACCCCUCCAGGCGGGCGUCCCCCGGACAGUGCGGGAUCAGCCCCGUGCCCGUCGUCAUCCAAGGGAAACUGAUCCACUUCCGCCCAACACAGAAAUUCAUCACACCGGCCCCACCGCCCGCAGUGACCACCCCACGGCUUGGCACCGGCUCAGAACCCAUGGGAACAGCUGGACCCCCGCUGGCACCUGCCACCCAUCCCCUGGGCCACACACACCCCUGCACAGGCCGAGAGCACUCGGCCCUGCCCACCCCUCGGCCCAGCCCAGCUGUACCGGCCAGGCCCCCGGCUCGCCCGGACUGUGGGGUGCUGCAGGCACGUCCCACACCCCGGGCAGGGCCGAGCCUGCCCCCCACCACCCCCAACUGGUACCAGCAGCUGCUGGAGCGUCUGGAGGCCAAGAGCAGCCCACAAAGCCGCGCCUCCCGGCCCCCCAGCACCCACCCUACCCCCAGCACGGGGCCACCCCCCACAACCCACCCAGCCCCCAACCCCUGGCUGCCCCCCAACUCCCAUCUUUCCCCCAGCACGGGGCGGCCCCCCACAACCCACCCAGCCAACCCCCACCUUUCCCCCAGCACGGGGCCACCCCCCACAGCCCACCCAGCCCCCAACCCCCAGCUGCCCUACAGAACGUUGCCACCCCCUGCCACCCCUCACCCUCCCAGGCGAGCGGCUGGGCACCACCCCAGGAAGAUGGGACCCCGGAGGCGGCUGGGGGCAAAGGGCCCCGCCCGGCAGCUGCCCCCUGGCACGGUGCGGCUGGUGCACAGGGGUGCAGCGCCUGGGCGGGGUCGGCUGGAGAUCCUGGUGGGGGGCCAGUGGGGCACAGUCUGCGACGAUCGGUUUGACGGGCGGGCGGCCACUGUGGUGUGCCGGCAGCUGGGCUACGAGCGGGCACUGAGGGUGGCGCGCCGGGCGGAGUUCGGGCAAGGGGCCGCGCUGCCCAUCCUGCUGGACGACGUGCGGUGCCAGGGCUCGGAGCGCAGCCUGCUGGAGUGCCGGAGCGCCCCCCCCGGGCAACACGACUGCGCCCACAGCGAGGACGUGGGGGUGGUGUGCGGGGACCCGGAGCGCCAGGGGCGGCCGAGAGGGAGCAGAGGGGCCCACGGCCUGUAACUUCUGCCUCCUUCUUGCCUCCCGGGGCUCUGGAGGGGGGCAGGGUUUGGGGGCU